AUGGAGCAGAUACAGGCCACCUUCCCGCCACCCAUAACACAGCGCAUCGUGCAGGCAAUCCGACGUCAUCCAGACCAAGCGGAAUUGCUGGCUUUAUUUAGCGAUAUUGCACGUCUUACUACAUCGUCGCAGACUGUAGUCGCGCCUGCACAUGGCAAGAAGAGGAAACUCGAAGAUGCACCGCCAAACGCUUGUGAUAACGAUGGGAUCACCACAUCCAAGCCACUUGGCAGUCCUACAAUCUCUUUCGAGUGCAAGGAUGUCAGUUUUCAAGUGCCUGCCCGCAAGAAGUUGAGAUUGCAGUUUGUGUACGAUGCCCACGACCGACGCAAGCAGGAGAUUCGUCUGCAGAAUCAGCAAAGCAGCGUGAUCGAGCAUGCACUGCCGGCAGGCCAGAUCAGUGAAGUUUUCUGUUUGCCAGUACCAGAAAAGCAGCAACGACAAUGGAACUUUGUACUGUUUCCAAAGCCUGAUGCCACUGCCGCAGACGGCACACCAUGCGAGCAGAUAGUCUUCUCCAUGAACGAGACUCCGCCCACCGGUGCACACUCCGCUGAGCAGCAGUUUGCGGAAGGCGACACUUUCGUCACAGUCGCGGAGCGUGAGUUAAAUCGCCUGCUAAGCCACCAAGGCAAGAGGGUAGUGGUACCGGACCCUUCAGAGUUCGCUAGCAGCAUACCGCAGUCGCACCGCAAGGGUGAGAAAGCUUACCAUGUCAAGGCACACAGGGGCAGCAAAGAAGGUUACCUCUUUUUCCUAUCAAACGGCGUAGUCUUCGGCUUCAAAAAGCCGCUCGCCUACUUUCCGUUCAAUGGUAUUGACUCUGUCAGCUACACUUCAGUGCUGCAACGCACGUUUAAUCUCGUCAUAGCUGCGCGCGAAAGCGAGCAGUCGGACAUCAAGGAGGUCGAGUUCAGCAUGCUUGACCAAGCUGACUUUGCAGGUAUUGACGAGUAUGUGAAACGACACGGGCUCAAUGACGCCAGCAUGGCAGCCGAACGGCGAGCCAAAGCUUUCAAUGUCAACAAAGAGAAGAAGUCGGAAGCCCAUGGUGAAAGCAAUGGCGAUGCUGCUCACGACGAAGAAGGUGAGAGCGAGCUGCACAAGGCUGAGCAGCAGUUGCAGGAUGAAGAAGAUGAGCUUGAGGAAGACUAUGAAGCGUCCGGUGGUGAGAGUGAUGGAGAAGGCGAAGAAAGCGACGAAGAAGAGGAGUAUAGUGACGCGGCGGACGAGGAUGAUGCGGAGGAUGCUGAGCAUGAGGAGGAUGUUUGA